AUGGCUUGUGCAGUGGACGAAGCCGACAAAGCUUUCGCGGCGGAUGUACUUGGUGGUUGCUUUGGUCAAGGCGGCGACUUCGCGGUGGUUGUGGAGGAGCGUGUCGCGGGUAAGUCCGGACAGGACGCCGAAGUCGUCAGGACGGAAUUCAAGGUGUGGUCUGUUUUGCUGAGUCAGUGGUCAAGAGUGUUCCACACGAUGAUUACCUCCACCUCAUUUAGGGAGAAGGCCGCAGCGGAGGUUGUCAUCCAGGAUUUCUCGGCAACAACAGUGGAGGCAUUUCUCCGCUUUUUGUACUCCGGCGUCCUGCGCGGCAGCCUCGCCACAACAGUGGAGGUGGGCAUGUUGGCGGACAAAUACCAGGUGGACAAGCUGCAGAGCCUCUGCAAGCAGGCUGUCCAGAAGCAGCUCAGGCCAGAGACCGCGUGCGAGCUGCUGCAGCUGGCCGAUCGAUGUCAGAAUGCUGAUCUGCGACUGCAGGCAUUGGAGAAGAUCCUGAUUCACCCCAAGGACGCUCUGCGACUUCGCCCUGCGAUAAGUCCUCGGCUCUUGGACGAGGUCCUCAGCUCACCGUUCUUGUGCGUUGAGCAGGAAGAGCUGUUCCAGCUGCUGCAAGGCUGGGGCAAAAGGAAGGCUUCUGCCCUCGACGACGAUCUGCAACCCGUCAUCGACAACCACACGGUGGUUGUCGUGGGUCGGAAGCAAGCCCGGUACUCCUUUUCUGUGCUGGGCUCACUCUGGAACAUGUACGAGCGUGGCGGAAAGGAGGGCCCUUUUCUGGGAUAUUGGGUCAACGUCACGCUUGGAAACUCCGACGUUGUAAAGGCGGAGACAGAGACCAAGAGCAUGAACAAGCUGCGCGAUGUCGCCAGGAAUCACGGGAGUGUGCGGAUGGAGAAGGGAUGGAUCUCAUGGAUGCUGCCGCACCAUUGCGUCUACAUCAUGGGCAUCGUAUUUCUGUUCGCAGCUCAUGCCCCAGUUUCGUUCGAUAUCCUGUCUUCUCUCGAUGGCCUGAACUGGCAUGUGCUUUUCAGCAUCGACCAUCGCGUGGACACUCCUCCGAACCUCUCGGAAGUUCCGAUUCAGCGGCCUCCCGAGCCGGCGAAGUGGUUCAAACUGCAGGUCCGAGAGGGAGUCUACGAGAACAGCUUCAGCGUCCGGGGCAUCCUGCGCCAAGACGCGACUCACCCCUCGAAUCCUUCGAAGUGA